UUUAAGCUAAGUAAGAAACAACAUGGCGGUCAUGCCUGAGGAACAGGGCGCGAAUAGUUAUUUUGUUAGAGAAAUCGAGAAAAAUGACGGUUCAGUCCUAAAAAUGUUCCAGUGCAGCAAAGGCGACGUGGGCUGCGUAGUUUGGGACGCGGCUAUCGUCCUCUCAAAAUACCUGGAGACGGAGCAGUUCUGUAGUUCGCAGACAUGGUCCUCUAAAAAGGUUGUGGAGCUGGGGGCAGGCACUGGAGUGGUAGGCAUUAUGGCAGCUUCUCUCGGAGCAAAUGUCACAGUAACAGAUUUGGAGGAUCUGCUGCCUCUUCUUGAACUGAACAUCCGGGAAAAUCAAAGCCUCAUCAGCACAGGCUCAGUUACAGCCAAGGUACUAAAAUGGGGUGAAGAUGUGACCGACUUCCUCCCACAUCCAGAUUAUAUUCUAAUGGCGGACUGCAUCUAUUAUGAGCAGUCUGUGCAGCCACUGGUAGAGACUCUGAAGCUCCUGUCUGGACCUGAGACCUGUAUCAUCUGCUGCUAUGAGCAGCGCACUGUUGGAGUGAAUCCUGAAGUGGAGAGGAGAUUUUUUGAGCUACUGCUGCAAGAUUUUGAGUCCGAGAAGGUUCCAGCUGAAAGACAAGAUCCCGAGUUCAACAGCCCAGACAUCCACAUCCUCCAUCUCCGGCGCAGACCUAGUUGAAUGGUUUUGUGUGUGUGUGAGACGCAUCAAGUGUAUGCAAAAACUGUGUGCCUGUGUGUAUUUUGUCAGUGUUAAAGAGGGGUGAGUGGUUUGAGAAUCAUGAACUAAAUGGUUCUGUGUUUUUAACCUAUUGAUGCUAUUUUGAAAUAAAGAUUUCAAUUGUCUUUUUUGACAAAUGGCAUGCGUUUCAAAAAGCCUAGUUUAUACUAAAAUAGUAAAUGUCAUAUUUCUACUGCGUUGGUAGUGUGUGCUGACAAGUUGGUUUGAUAUGAAUGAUGUUAAAAAUAGAGCACUGAUAUGAGGCUGAGCUAUUUCUCCAGGCACUAUGGCCUUAUGCAAUGCUCUUGGUUUCCACAAGUGAUUUAGAGACUCUCUUUAGAAACUGACUACAUUUAGAAACACUGCAGAGUUUUUCCCUCAUCAGAGUAUCCAUUCCUUUCCUUCAUUCAAAGUCAUUUGGAAAAUACUUGUGAAGAAAAAGUUUCCAAUUCUCCUACUAUAAAGAGGACCUUUAUGCUUGAGGUUUGCAUAUUCACACAUCUGUCCAUCAAAUGAUCUUAAUUUUUUUAGGAUUUGCAAAUAUGGCACAGUAAAAUGUGUAUGUUUAUUAAAUAAAUAAUCAAAUGGUAGAUUGAGAUCAGAUUACAUCACAGAAAUCUAGGUAACUAGGUAAAGAGGUUCAGAAAUUCCUACAACUGUAUAUAUUUUUCCUGAACACUCACAUAUUGUGAACCUCCAGUAUAUGUCCAUAGUGUAAAGAUUCUUGACAUUUUAUAAAAUCCUUUCAUUAUUGUAUAUUUGUUUCAUUUUCAUCAUUGCUAAUCUCACUGACGUAAUGAAUACGGCAGUAUAAUAGCCAUGAAUAUUCCUUUGUCGUUUCAUGAGAUCUGUGACAAAAAGUUUUUUAUGUCAAUAAAUCACUGUGUUUUUGUUCUCCAUA